AUGUCUUCUUUGGUGACGUCGGUAGCGAUUUCAGCGAUUUUUUUCACCGAAAUCAACGUUUUUCUGAAUUUCUACCUGCUUUCUCAAAUAUUUAUACGAAAGAAAAUCCAGAAAAAGCCAGAAUUAUCACUGAUUUAUUGCCGUUUUCUAAUCGACGUGAUUUAUUCUUUCGAUACAUCAAUAUUUUUGAUUUAUUCCCUGAUAAAAACGCUUUUUCCCGAGUUUUCUGUGAAAAACCUGGCAUAUUUCGUCGCUUGGCCCGGCUUCAACUUGGGAACUAUUCGCUGCUGGAUUGUAUUUUUUAUAACAUCCGAUAGAAUUUUCGCAACAUGCGCUCCGAUUUCAUAUCACAAUCAUCGAUUCAAAAUUCCGCUCGCCGUGAUUAUCAUCCUCAUCUCCGCGUACACAAUUCUCGAGCAAUAUAUUUUAUUCGGAUAUUGCGAUUUUGUUCUAGACGUUCCCGCCGAUUGUGCCAUUUUCCGGUGUGCAAUUAAUAUUUGCUAUCACGAGUAUUGGAAAACUUUUUCGCAGACGAUGUAUUUUUGCAUUGGAACGUUGACAUUUAUUUUAUUUUUUCGACUUUUCAUAUGGAAUCAUUUUAUACUACGUUCCACUAAUACAGCUAUUUCAAGAGCCACAAAAAUCACGCUUCUCGACUCCUUCAUCAUAUUUUCAUUUGAUCUAUUCCCGGUUUUUCUCACAGCCCGAUUCCCGGACAUCAAUUCUCGAACUGUCGGGCCGUUGAGUGCUUUAUUGAAGCACAUGGGCUUUGUCAUUGAGUCACUGAUUAUCUGCAAAGUUUUGAGGAAUAGCAAGCAAGUUGUGCCGGCUUCGAUGAGCAGAACGACACCGAAUAAUGCACCGGUUAUGACAUAA